UUAUCGCAAUAAGACUGAAUUAAGCUUUUGAAGAUGAAGCUGGUAGGAAUUACAAUUUUAGCUGCAGUUCUAUGCGUUCUUGCUUUUGGAGACGAUUUCUGGGGAGAUAAUGAUACUAUUAUUUACGAAGAAGAAACUACUACGGCCGAUCCAUUUUCGACGACAACGGUUCCCACUGUUAAUCUCUGCUCAGGCAUACCGUGUGGCUAUGCAAUUUUUGAAGCUUCAACAAUAGUUCUGGAAUCUUUUGUAAAGAACAACUGCGAAUGCGAAACGGGAACUAGAUGUUAUCUGAAUGCUCUCCAAGGUGCGACAUACGUGUACCAUUGCUCGCAGUUUUGGAACGAAACUGAUCCUAUCCUCAACCAAGUUUCUGUGCCGGUUCAAUUUCCUUCCCAGAGUGGUAGUCGUAUUCUUCGGAGGAUAUCGAUGAUCAACAACGACGAAUAAGUGUGGUGCUGCCUACUUGGAAAACAUUGCUUCAGUACUGUCAAAAUUUGGCUUUAAAUAUAAAUUGGUCUUUACACCAGUUUAGUUUCAAUAAACUAAUUUACCUACCAUA